GUUGUCUAAUGUUUUUUCUCUUCGCAUUUUUCUCCUACCUACCACGUAUCUGUUUGUUGCCAGAGUGGAUCUAUGGCACCAAAUUCUUGGAUAAAUAAUGAGUGCCUAGAUAUGUAUGUAUGCUGACAUGUGAGUUAAUUAUUUGGAAAAAAAUAUAAUCAUAUAUGUAUUGCCAACAAUUUUUAUGUUUAAAGCAACCAAUUUUGUGAAAAGAGUAGAGAGAAAGAUACAUGUGUAAUUUCUUGAUGUUGCAGCGGAUGAUGGAUACUCGAUCUUUAAACAUAAGCACAGAUGAAUAGGUACAAAUUCGAGGAAAGACCAAUGAAAUAGUUGUCUGUACACAUUUGUGCCAGUUUUUUAUCUGGUUGUCUGGUUGCAUUAUUUAUCCGGUUUAAAUUCAGCUUGAGUAGAUUGUUAUCCGUGAGUGAUACUUGCUACUAUUUGUCGCCAUGCACCAAUUUCCAUACCUAUUUUAGGCACAGAAACCAACCAUGACUGGAAAUCAUGCAUAUAUAAUUUACUAUGGUUCAUGAUGAGAAAAUCAUGAUUUAGUAAACGAAAGGUGGUUUGUUUGCUAACAGUAAUGAGUAUAAAUGUAAAUCGCAGAUCAUACGCUGCUGCUACGGGCUCCAUGUUGUUUAGGCUAGACAACACAACGGUGCUUCUGUUAUCUAUAGUUGAAUUCACAGUUUAAUAUUCUUUGAUUGAUGCUUGUGUUAUAUUUGGUUGAAGGGACGUCCUUGUUAGUUUGCAUGGUCUACGUAAGAAGGGGCAAUACAAUGCUUGUCAAGUUUGUUUAUAUUCUGAUGGCUGUUGAAUUCUAGACAAUGGAGACGUGAAAUUUUUAUGUACAUAGGUACUAGCCAUAGAAUACUUUACUCAUUGACGACGGGUAGUUUUAGAGAACUUCUGAAAAUUCCAAUCCAGGUUUUCUAUGUUCCAUUCAGGAAGAACGCACAGUCUGCACUGGGGUAUAAAAUUAUCUACUGCUUACCUUUGUGUCUCGACAUAUGCUUCUGAUGCAUCGUGCUACCAGAGGCCAACAUUAUCCAGUAUCAUAGCGACGCUAAAAAUGCCUAUUGGUUACUCCGCAUAUUAUCAUCUGAUUUCUCAUAUAUAGAUAUUAAUUUCCUUUCAUGGGAGGCUUUAAUUAUAUUUUAGGGUGGUUGCGGAUGUGGUCGGCGGUUGAGGGAGGGUCUCCGACUAGAGCAGCAGGAGCAAGGAGCUCGAGGAGGUUCAGGUUUGCCUCUACAUCCUUUCUCUUUCCUCCACUUUCUUCUUGCAUUUAGAUGAUAGAAUUUGUGAUCAUGUGUAUGUGCAUUUAUGAGAUCUUUGCUGCUAGGUAUAUAGUUUAUGGUUACUGAAAUUGGAUAAUAGAGAGUCGCAACUUCAGUUUUCAAUUACAGUAGUUGAUGUGUUAUGUUUGCUGCAAUAUGUCAUGUGUGUUUGAGAGAGAGGGAUGAAAAAGAGGGGACUGGAAGCUUGAUCAUUGCCAGGAUCUAGAUUCAAAGAGAGGGAUAAAAAAGAAGGGACAUGGAUUCAGAGAGGGAUGAAAACAGGGGACUGAAAGAUCUUGCAUUGCGUUUCUUCAUCUACCAAUACGGUUUUGUGUACCAUUUGAACAUAACCAAGCAGUAUAACAAAAGUGUGCUGGUUUAUGGCUUCUCAUGGGAUGUGAUUCUGGUCAUGCUGCUUGUUAUGAAGGCCUUGCAUCCGAUCAUGACCAAGACAGUCACCUCCUAUGAUUGGGUCCCCUCCAUUGUCACCGAAGCUAUGCUUGAAGACUAUGUGAAGAUUGGUUUUUUUCCGGCCAAGGAUGCCAUUCAUUGGCGUGCUCCUAACUCGGAAGAAGCCAAACCUCAGCCGCAAGCCGGCGAAGUUAUUGUUUUCACGGAUCACAUGAACCGGGGCUUUUCACCGCCCGGGUCAAAAUUCUUUCGUGAUGUCCUGCACUUCAUGUAACUCUGCCCUCAAGAUAUCGGGCCCAAUUCCAUUUCCAACAUCUGCAACUUCCCGGUCUUUUGUGAAGUAUACCUUCAAUAAGAACCCAAUGUCGACCUUUUCAGAGAAUAUUUCUAUCUGAACCGCCAGAAUGAGUUUACUGAUGGCCCUAGUCAAUAACUCGGAGGAAUUUCAAUUCAGCGUCACAGAGACGCCAUUUUUUCUUAUGCUUCACUUCCAAGUCAUCCCAAAGAUUGGAAUCAAACCUGGUUUUACUACAAGGAUACUUCUCCGGCUGAUGAGAAUCCUCUGCCCGCCUUUUGUGAUCAAUGGCUCAACCCAAAGCAUCCCCUUCCUGGUCGACUUGGCACUGCUAAACGGGCCAAGGUUAU